UCGCCAUUUCACACUUGUCAUUCACAUUCACUCAACUCGAAUGCUUAUCAUUGUUCCUUGUACUUCCAAAUUCUAAAAUCCUAAAAGCAAAUCAUAUCCAAGGGAUACUUAAAACUACAUAAUACCCUUUUCUUGAAAAGCUUUUGUUUAGCUUACUCAACUGAAUGUUCACUCUCAAACUUCACUCAAAUACUCCUAGUCAAAACGUUGUUCAACUCAAAGUUCAAGUGCUCUAAUUUACUAUUCGUUUCUAUUCUUUUGGAAAUGGAUUUUUUGGGUCAAAAUUAUGAGAUGGUCGAUUCUGGGUCGGUUUCGUCGCCUCUGUCGGAUAGUGGAAGUGGAACUAGUCGUCCGGUGAAUUUUUCCGAUGAAGAUGUGAUUUUAGCUUCGCGUUAUCCGAAGAAGCGAGCGGGGAGGAAGAAAUUCCGGGAGACUCGGCAUCCGGUGUACCGUGGCGUCCGCCGUAGGAACUCUGGGAAGUGGGUUUGCGAAGUGAGGGAGCCUAAUAAGAAGUCGAGGAUUUGGCUGGGGACUUUUCCCACGGAGGAGAUGGCUGCGCGUGCACACGACGUGGCGGCGAUAGCUCUGAGAGGACGGUCAGCUUGUCUGAACUUCGCGGACUCUGCUUGGAGGCUUCCCGUACCGGCUUCGAGUGAUCCAAAGGAUAUCCAGAAGACGGCGGCGGAGGCGGCGAAGGCAUUUCGACCGGCUGAGCAUUCGGAUGGGAACUCCGGAGAUUAUGCAAAGAGAGCUGAAAGCACGGAGGUUGAGAAAAUAACAGUGUCUGAAAAUGAAUUUUAUUUGGACGAGGAGGAGGUUUUGGGGACACAAGGAUUUCUCGCAAACAUGGCGGCAGGGAUGAUGAUGUCUCCUCCUCGUUGUGGGUACAACGGGAAUGAAGAAGAAUGUGAUGCUGCCGAUGAUUAUGUACCUCUCUGGAGUUUUUCAAUUUAAAUUAUUUUAAUUUCAGACAUUUCGAGUAUACAUAGGAAUAUUACCAGUACAUAGAUGUAGUGUGGCAUCUAGUCGGGAUUGCCUUGUUUUGGGUCCGUACUUCAUUUUUUGCGCCAGUACGGAUGCUUUUAGAUGGGAAAAAGAUUGAUUUCUAAAUGAGAGUCAACUUUCUUCAAUAAAAAGUAUCAUAGUUAAUAAUUGUCGGACAAAAAUUUGCCAUGAGGUUAGAAUGUUUAACACAUGAGCAAAUAGUGAGUUUGGUUAUGAUGUGAGCAUCAAACCUAACAUUUGACCAUUUAAUGGCAAAAAACAGGUUAAGAUGUAACUUUUUCACACAAAUUUGAAAGAAUUUUCACUAACAA